AAGGAGUGGCUUUGUAAUUCAUUCAGUCACAUCCACAGCCAUUCAUUUCCCCUUUUCUGUGCCAGAUACUACAUGGGACCCUGAGGUACAAAGGUAGAGAGCCUAAAAUCUCCAGUAUCUGCAUGCAAGCUUGAUAUUUACUCAUAAGUGUUCAGUAGUAAGCAGUGGAGUUCUAGUUAAAUGUCAUAGUCUGAAUUUCUUUCCUGGGUGGAAGGCCUUGUUUGCUUUAGGAAUCAAGGUGGGACAAACCAAAGCAUAGAAAAGAAGCCAGGAAAUCCAGUUUACCUUUGGAAAUUCUAAGUGGACAGUUCGAUCUGAACAUUUUCAGUAUGUGUGUUUUGGGGGAAUCUAUAGAUUCUAGAAUUGGGAGUAAGAUUCGAUACACUUUUUAAUGUUGCAUCCACAUUUCUCGCCCUGGGCUCUCAGCCUGUCUGGUUUGUAUUAGUCUGUGCUAUCCCAGGGGAAUGGGUCUGUCUUCCUGACUUAACUGAGAAUUCCUAAAAUAGCUACUAGCACCGAGACUGACUUAUCUCUUAGUCUACUUCCCCCGGCAUUUCAUACUGUCUGGCAAAUGGUAGGCACUCAAUACAUGCUUGGAAAAAACCGAAUUACUGUUAUAUUCACAGGUAACAACUACUGUGAUAUGGAAUAGAUGAAUGGAGCAGAACCUGGCUGACAUUUGCGUUCUGUACAAACACAUGGCUCCUCCGUGCCUGUGCUCUUCACGGAUGAACGUGUAGGAAGAGAGUUCACUCUGUUUCACAGCUUCGUAGCGAGCCGACCUCCGAGAGGCAGACGGGAUGGCCAGCUCCGCCCGGGAGCACCUGCUCUUCGUGCGACGGCGAAAUCCCCAGAUGCGGUACACGCUGAGCCCCGAGAACCUCCAGAGCCUCGCCGCCCAGAGCUCCAUGCCGGAGAACAUGACCCUGCAGCGGGCCAACAGUGACACGGACCUGGUGACUUCCGAGAGCCGCUCCAGCUUGACGGCCAGCAUGUACGAGUACACACUGGGGCGAGCCCAGAACCUCAUCAUCUUCUGGGACAUUAAAGAAGAGGUGGACCCGAGUGACUGGAUUGGACUCUAUCACAUAGAUGAGAAUUCUCCAGCCAACUUCUGGGAUUCUAAAAACAGGGGUGUGACUGGAACACAGAAAGGGCAGAUUGUAUGGAGAAUUGAGCCUGGGCCCUAUUUCAUGGAACCGGAGAUAAAAAUCUGUUUCAAAUACUACCACGGCAUUAGUGGAGCCCUGAGAGCCACCACCCCCUGCAUCACCGUGAAGAACCCCGCUGUGAUGAUGGGGGCAGAAGGCAUGGAAGGAGGUGCUUCAGGAAGUCAGCAUUCUCGGAAACUUGUUAGCUUUACAUUGUCCGAUCUAAGAGCUGUUGGGCUAAAGAAAGGGAUGUUCUUCAAUCCGGACCCUUACCUUAAGAUGUCCAUUCAGCCUGGGAAGAAGAGCAGUUUCCCCACUUGUGCCCAUCACGGGCAGGAGAGAAGGUCCACUAUCAUCAGCAACACCACUAAUCCAAUUUGGCACCGAGAGAAAUAUUCCUUUUUUGCGCUUCUUACUGAUGUCUUAGAGAUUGAAAUUAAAGACAAAUUUGCCAAGAGCCGUCCUAUCAUCAAGCGUUUCCUGGGGAAACUCACCAUUCCAGUCCAGAGGCUGCUGGAGCGGCAAGCCAUAGGUGAUCAAAUGCUCAGCUACAACCUCGGCAGAAGGCUCCCAGCUGACCAUGUGAGUGGCUACCUCCAGUUUAAAGUGGAGGUUACGUCUUCCCUGCAUGAAGAUGCUUCUCCAGAAGCUGUUGGCACAAUACUUGGAGUCAGUUCUGUGAACGGAGACCUCGGAAGCCCUUCUGAUGAGGAAGACGUGCCAGGGGGCCAUCACGACAGCCCGGUGUGUUCCAAUGGGCCAGUUUCUGAGGAAAGUGCCUGUGGCACCCCCAAGCAUUCUUUCAGGACUAGCUCUACUCUGGAAAUGGACACAGAGGAUUUAACCUCUACUUCUUCAAGGACCUCACCUCCCAGAGGACGUCAGGAUUCACUCAAUGAUUAUUUAGAUGCUAUUGAACACAAUGGCCAUUCCAGGCCGGGCACAACUACCUGCUCGGAGAGGUCCGUGGGAGCCUCUCCGAAACUGAGGAGUAGUUUUCCCACCGACACGAGACUCAGUGCCAUGCUUCACAUCGACUCAGAUGAAGAAGACCACGAGUUCAAGCAGGACCUGGGCUAUCCAUCUUCGUUAGAGGAGGAGGGAGGGUUAAUAAUGUUCAGCAGGGCAUCGAGAACUGACGAUGCGAGCCUGACCUCUCAGACAAAGCCUGAAGACAACCUGUUGGAAGUUGAGGAAGCCUCCAUGAAUGAUGCUGCUUCCUUUGAGGAUAAGCCGGAAAAUCUUCCAGAGCUUGCAGAGAGCUCCCCAGCCUCAGGCCCAGCCCCAGAUGAAGGUGAAAAUGGCCCAGAGUCUCAACCCACUGCCGACCAGGGCAGCACUGAAUUGUGUGGUUCUCAAGAGGCAGAUCAGCCCACGAGUGGGGCCGACACAGGGACCUCUGACACAUCCGGAGGGAGCCGAAGAGCCAUCAGUGAGACUGAGUCCCUUGACCAGGGCUCUGAGCCUUCCCAGGUGUCCUCUGAAACAGAACCCAGUGACCCUGCCAGGACAGAGAGCGUGAGCGAGGCCAGCACCAGGCCGGAGGGAGAGAGCGACCUGGAAGGCGCUGACAGCUCCUGCAAUGAGAGUGUUACGACGCAGUUGUCCUCAGUGGAGACACGGUGCUCAUCUCUUGAGAGUGCACGGUUUCCCGAAACCCCAGCCUUUUCUUCUCAGGAGGAGGAAGACGGAGCCUGUGCAGCAGAGCCCACCAGCAGUGGGCCCACCGAAGGGUCACAUGAGUCCACAUGCGCUCCUGGUUCUCUACCUGCGGUGCACAUGCCCAGUGGAGAGGAGGAAGGGCCAGCGGCAGACUCUGCCAGUUUACCUGACCAGGACGAGGCGGGGGAGGUCUGGCAGCGGAGGGGCAGCCUAGAGGGAGCUGCUGCUGCUGCGGAGAGCCAGCCCCAGGAAGAGGGCGAUGCUGGCGAGGCCCAGGGGGCUUGUGAAGGGGCCGCUGCCCAGGAGGAGGGCGCUACUGGAGGUUCUCAAGCCAACGGCCACCAGCCAUUGAGAUCGCUGCCUUCAGUGCGCCAGGAUGUUAGCCGGUACCAGAGGGUGGACGAGGCGCUCCCACCAAACUGGGAGGCGCGCAUAGACAGCCACGGCAGGAUCUUCUACGUGGACCACGUGAACAGAACCACGACGUGGCAGCGGCCCACAGCUCCCCCCGCCCCGCAGGUGCUGCAGAGGUCCAACUCCAUUCAGCAGAUGGAGCAGCUGAACCGCAGAUACCAGAGUAUCCGCAGAACCAUGACUAAUGAGAGGCCUGAGGAAAAUAGCAACGCUAUUGAUGGGGCAGGGGAGGAAGCCGACUUUCACCAAGCCAGUGCAGAUUUCCGCCGGGAGAACGUCCUGCCCCACUCUACCUCCAGAUCCAGGCUCACGUUGCUGUUACAGUCUCCCCCCGUGAAGUUCCUCAUCAGCCCAGAGUUCUUCACCGUGCUACACUCUAACCCUAGUGCCUACCGCAUGUUUACAAACAACACGUGUUUGAAGCACAUGAUCACCAAAGUCCGACGGGACACCCACCACUUUGAACGCUACCAGCACAACCGGGACCUUGUGGGAUUCCUCAACAUGUUUGCAAACAAACAGCUGGAGCUGCCGAGGGGCUGGGAAAUGAAACACGAUCAUCAGGGCAAGGCCUUCUUUGUGGACCACAACUCGCGGACCACCACGUUCAUCGACCCCCGGCUCCCGCUGCAGAGCAGCCGGCCCACGAGCGCGCUGGUGCACCGGCAGCACCUGACCCGGCAGCGCAGCCACAGCGCGGGCGAGGUAGGAGAAGAUUCUCGACAUGCGGGGCCACCAGUUCUUCCCAGGCCGUCGAGUACAUUCAAUACCGUCAGUAGGCCGCAGUACCAGGACAUGGUUCCAGUGGCUUAUAAUGACAAGAUUGUUGCAUUUCUGCGCCAACCCAAUAUAUUUGAAAUUCUACAGGAAAGGCAACCUGAUCUUACCAGGAAUCAUUCACUCAGGGAGAAGAUCCAAUUUAUUCGAACUGAAGGGACCCCAGGAUUGGUGCGUCUUUCAAGUGAUGCAGACCUUGUGAUGUUGCUGAGUUUAUUUGAAGAAGAGAUAAUGUCUUAUGUGCCUCCACAUGCCUUACUCCACCCCAGCUACUGUCAGUCCCCACGUGGCUCCCCUGUGUCCUCUCCCCAGAACUCGCCAGGUACGCAGCGUGCCAAUGCCCGGGCGCCAGCUCCUUACAAGCGAGACUUUGAAGCCAAACUAAGGAACUUUUAUAGGAAGUUAGAGACUAAAGGAUAUGGACAAGGCCCAGGGAAAUUAAAGUUAAUUAUCAGAAGAGAUCAUUUACUUGAAGAUGCUUUUAAUCAGAUUAUGGGCUACUCCCGAAAAGAUCUGCAGAGAAACAAGCUGUACGUCACCUUCGUUGGGGAGGAAGGGCUGGAUUACAGUGGACCUUCCAGAGAGUUUUUCUUCCUGGUGUCUAGAGAACUCUUUAACCCAUAUUAUGGCUUAUUUGAAUAUUCAGCCAAUGACACAUACACAGUACAAAUAAGUCCUAUGUCUGCUUUUGUGGACAAUCACCAUGAAUGGUUCCGGUUCAGUGGUAGGAUCCUGGGUCUUGCACUAAUACACCAGUAUUUAUUGGAUGCCUUCUUCACACGGCCCUUUUAUAAGGCUCUUCUCAGAAUUCUGUGUGACCUGAGUGACCUAGAAUACCUGGAUGAAGAAUUCCACCAGAGCCUGCAGUGGAUGAAAGACAAUGACAUCCAUGACAUCCUGGACCUCACGUUCACUGUAAAUGAAGAAGUUUUUGGGCAGAUCACCGAACGAGAGUUAAAACCAGGGGGUGCCAAUAUCCCGGUCACGGAGAAGAACAAAAAGGAGUACAUCGAGAGGAUGGUGAAGUGGAGGAUCGAGAGGGGCGUCGUGCAGCAGACGGAGAGCUUGGUGCGCGGCUUCUACGAGGUGGUGGAUGCCAGGCUGGUGUCCGUUUUCGAUGCAAGAGAGCUGGAACUGGUCAUCGCGGGCACCGCAGAAAUAGACCUGAGUGAUUGGAGAAACAACACAGAAUAUAGAGGAGGAUAUCAUGACAAUCAUAUUGUAAUUCGGUGGUUCUGGGCUGCAGUGGAAAGAUUCAACAAUGAGCAACGACUAAGGUUGUUACAGUUCGUAACAGGCACGUCUAGCAUUCCCUAUGAAGGAUUUGCUUCUCUCCGAGGAAGUAAUGGCCCAAGAAGGUUCUGUGUGGAAAAAUGGGGGAAAAUCACCGCACUUCCCAGAGCUCACACCUGUUUUAACCGCCUGGAUCUCCCCCCGUACCCGUCCUUCUCCAUGCUGUACGAAAAACUCUUGACAGCGGUUGAAGAAACCAGUACUUUUGGACUUGAGUGACCUGGACACAGUGCCUGGCUGCGGUGUGGACAGGCGACUUCGGAAGCUGCCCUCUGGAAGAUUGACUGAACGCUGGAAGUUUCGAGAGCACGCUUCCAUGAGAGUAAACCUGAGUGCUGUCAUCUUCCAGGGCCACGUGCUCUGCUGCAUUUGGGGACUGGAUAGUGGCGAAGAGUCCUCUGUGAAGGAUCGGGGUGAGCUUGAUGCCCAGGGAACAACCCCACAGUCUUUCAAUCAACAGUUCUUGACUGCCAAACUCUUUCCAUUUGUUACUGUCCAAGACAAAGAUGAACAUGCACGCGAUCAGCUCUGUGGUAACCUUUCAGGGACUCGGGAGAAUCUUGAAACUUACCUUUGAACAUGUCGUUCAAGCCAAACUGGCAAGACUCGACCCAAUCUCCAAAUUAAUGCGAGUUCAGUAAUGUGAUGAAAACAAAUAUGUUUCCUGGAAGUACAUUCAUUUAAGCCCUAAGUUAUAACAGAGGAUUCCCUUUUCUUGCUUAUGUGUGCCUGCAUGGUGUGCACCAUAGGUUUCAGCUUUCAUGGGACAGGAGUGCAAAAGAAACCAAGUCAAUAUGGGGUAAUUUAAAGCUUUGCAAUAAGGUGGUCCAUGACAAUGUAUAUGCAAAAUGUGUAAUUACGGCUGAAGAGAAACUGUUAUACAAUGAAUUACUGACAGAUUUUAUGCUUUAUAAUGCAUGGAAACAAUUUUAAAUAACUAGCAGUUAACUCACAGCAUAUCAGGAAAAAGUACACAGUGAAUUCUGUUUAUUUUUUAUAGGUUCAUUAUAUUUAUGUUCUGUAAGAUGUAUAUAGGACCCUACCUAUCCGACUGUACGUGUCACCUGUUCCAUUUUCAUGUUCCAUGCUUACUUGGGCAUCAUGCUAGUAUGUAUCCUUUUAAGCACUCUCAAGGGAACUAAAGGGCCUUUUAUUUUUAUAAAGGUACAAAAAAAUUCCCCGGAAUAUUUUGCACUGAAUGUACCAAAGUUGAAGGGACAUUACAAUAUGACCAACAGCAACUCCAUCACUUGACAAGUAUAAUAAAAAACAGCUUCUAAAUCAGACUUCCUUCACAGUGCCAUGUCUACCACUACAAGGACUGUGCAUCUAAGUAAUAAUUUUUUAAGACUCACUAUAUGUGAUAGUAUGAUAUGCAUUUAUUUAAAAUGCAUUAGACUGUUCCAUCCAUCAAAUACUUUACAGGAUGGCAUUUAAUAAAGAUAUUUCGUAUUUUCCCCACUGCUUUUUAUUUGUACAGCAUCAUUAAACACUAAGCUCAGAUAGGGAGCCAUCAGCAACACCCAAGAGGUCAGCUCUCUUUAGUAAUAAGAAUUCCAUUUCCCCUCAUCAGUGAAGAUAUCACAAAUUGAAACUCUCAGUACUAUAUUUCUAAGCCUGCAUUUUCACUAAUGCAUAACUUUCUUAUCAAUAUAAGGAAACAGUUUUUCUAUGGUAUCUCGGAAAUUGCAUGACAUCACUAAUGUUAUAUUUGCUUAGUUUUAUUAGAGGGUGUCCUUUGUUUCUAUUGCUUUUGGGGUUUUCCACAUCAUUGUUCAUAUCCUGACUUAUGGCCCUAACUAAUCAGAGGCUCAAUACAGUGAAGUUAAAUUGUGAAUAAUAAAAGCAUUGGAUUAACAUUUGCUUUGCCAGCCUAUGGUUUUACAGGCAUUGCCUGAACACUUCUUUGAGAUACAAGUAGCCAUGGAAUUCUAGUUAUGGGAUGUUGGCAAUCUUACAGUUAAUAAAGGUUAUAUGCAUGGUUUUUGUUAGGUUGGUUUUAAAAGCUGAUUGCUCCCCUGUUGGUUAAGCUAUGUUUACUACUGGGAGUCUCAAGAGGAAACCCACUCAUGUUGCAUUCCUGCACUAAAGGCAGAUACUGCACUGUGGGGAAAUGUUCUGAAAUAAAGGCCACAGAAACCUGCAAAUGAGAAAGGAAGAUUUACCUGUGUACUAUAAUUGGACCAGAAAAAAAAGGAAGGGAAAAAACAAUUUUAACUGGAAAUGCUCGUUUGUACUUACUGAUCAUGAAUAUAAGUAUAUUUAAUUUUGCAAAUUAUUUGCUUAUAUUUUUUCAUUAUAAGGAAAAAUAACAUAAUACACUUUCUUUAAAAUACUACAUUUUUGAUGGUAUAUGAGAUGUUUCAGAGCUGACAUUCUCUAAGCAGCUGAUACAGAAGGUUACACUUCUUUCAAAGAUACAUUCAUAGGCUGUGCUGGCUUUCAUUUUGGUUUGUGACACUUUGCUACCAUAUACCAUAUUAUUAGGUACAAGAAAUUUGAAGUAAAAUGUACCUGUUUAAUUAUUUCUAAAAAACUUAUUUGUUAGGGCAUCCAACUUCUCAACAGUGUUAGCAUCUAGUUGCUACUGUUCUCAGAAUUGAGGAUUAUCAAAGAUUUACUUAGAAUAUCAAAACACCAUGGUAACUGACCUAUUUUUUUCAUUAGUAAAACAAAAAGUCCAAUAACAACUUUAUAAAAUAUUAAAUACUAUUUCCACAGAAUCAUUUAGACUUUAAUAUACUCUGCAAAUAGAAAUAUCCAUAACUAUUUUCUUCUGGACUAUGAACUAGGUAACUUGCGGUAUGGCCUUGUUUUCUUUAAGAAAUUCUUGUGAUGCUCAUACUAUACUUAUAGUAUAAAAGACAGUCACGAUACAUCGUGUAUGUAUGCAGGACAUCUCUGAGAGGGGAGAAGAGGCACAUUAUUGGCCUUCACUCUGUGCCAGCCACUGUGUUUGAUGAUGGAGCUACAAGAUUCAAAACCUGCCCUUGAGAAGUUCACGGUCUGAAGGAGUAGACAUCAAGGUUCAAAAAAGUAUUUUUAAUAAAAUUUGGUAUGUUCUACAAUCAAUGAAUGAGAAGAGAAUGGCUUGUUCCACCUGGGAAAUCCAUUGAAGGCUUCAUGCAUGGGAGCUACUGUAGCUAAAAAAAAAAAUUAAUUAAAAAAAAAUUCACAUAAAUGCCCUUUCCCUUGGUAACUAAUGACAUGUAAUAGUGUGUCAAGACUGGUCAAGUGUUGGAUCCUAGGGUGCGUUUAUACACAAGGGUUGAAAGUGUGCAUGUGGGAAGCUGAACCAUGAAGGAACAACUGAAGGAUCUUCAAAUUAUCAAAGAAAUGCCAAAAUUAAGUCUGGUAGUUUCCCAGUUUCCUUUCAUCGGCACUACAAUGUACCUUCAGUUUUCAGUGUGAAAAAUACCAGUCCUUGAGCCCAACCCACUUCACACUUCUGGGGUCAACACAUUUUUCUUGUGCACAAAACGAAUGAAUCUUGGUCAAAGAAGUGUGAUCAAAAUUUUCUAGCAUAUGUGCGUUUAUAAUUUAGUAGAAAUUCUGUAAUAAAUGAAGGAAAAUCUGUGUCACCUGCAUAACAAUCCUUAGGGUAAAAUGGCAUUCAAAUGAUUAACAGUAAAUGGCAGAACAUGUUUUUAUACCACUUUAGAGUUUCAAAGUACUUUCAGGUGCAUCAUCUCUUAAUCCUCACAUACUUUGUGGGGUGGAAGGUAUCACGUCCCAUCUGCUUUGAGGCUGAUUUUCAUGGAUUGCUGGUGAGAUGUUUCAGGACUUCAUAGUUACAAUUCUAAGUUUCAUCGCUACGGAUGUAGAGACUAAUGUUUCUGCCAGCAUAUUCCACUUUCAGUGAGUUUUGCAAGAUACUCAUCUACCAAAGGCUCACUUUUCAUACACCCUUAAAAUGUGACACUUUCUGAAAAGCCCACGAAGAAAUUAGUACAGUAUAUCCAUGGAAAAACUCCCCAUAGGCUUAAUAGUUGCAUUUUACUACUUGUUAUAUGAAAUUAAAAACAGAAUGCAAAAUUUGAUUGCUUUUGUUGGAUUUAUAUAGUAUAGUAGUUUAGUGUUCACAUAUUAUUUGAAAACAACAUAAUGAGGGGGGAGAAGGCGCUUUAAUCAGAAACCUUAUUUUGUUUCUUAAUUUUUAGUAAGGAUGGAUCUAGAAAGCCAGCCCUGGUAGCUGAGUUGCAGUGAUGCGGAUGAAGAUACUGCAGGGGUUUUUUUUCCCCUCUCCUCACAUUCAUCCAUUUUUUUUCUUUCUUUUUACAUAAAUUAUAACUUGACCACUUCUAGCUAAGACAAACAUCUUAAAAUGAAGAGUCUAAAAGUCUUUCCAGUUUUAACCCAAUUCAGGAAAUUCCCAAAGCUGGUGAAAUGAUGCUAUAUGGUCAUUAAGAGAUAUCUAUAAAUCUGCAUAGUCAAAACAUGCAAAUGAAGGCUAGCCUAAUCUCCAGUCUGAGUUUCAGGCCCUUUGUUCUCUCUUAUCUGCUUUCUGAUUUAGAGCAGGAGUGAAAACACUAGAUCUUAGAUACCUUACUUUCAUAAAAUUUGAGUUUACAUUGAGAUUGUCACUUUCAAUUAAAUUCAAAAUUUGCAAAAAUCUGUUACCUUUCUGGUUUGAUUGUGUUUUUCAGGUAGAUUUGUUUGUCUAACGUGGAAGCAAAUUAAUACCAGAGACGUUACAGCUUUCUAAAUUAUGGCUUACAGCCAACCAACUGCUGCCCACUGGGUGAUAAAAACAAAAAGCAAAAAAGAGGAGCCCAGCAGUCGUGCCCCCCAUCCCAAGAAUGUAAUGCUAAUUAUUGACUAACAGUCAAGACAGGAGUGGUAACUGCAUUCCAAGGAGUGUGUCGGAAUGCAGGAAUUGUUAAAGGAGGACUGUGACAGGGGAAGUUAAAACAAGAGUGGGAGGAUCAUGUUAGGGCUUGCUGGUGGGAGUAGGAACGUGUACUUAAAUUUGGUUUCUGACUUUGAGAAAAAGAAUGCCAUGCUGUCUAAUGAGGGCAUGACUUGAUAAUCUGCCUGAUGGGAAAUACCCCACUUUAUGAGUUCAGUAGGUUGAUAACAUUUUUGGUAUUACAAAACAGAAUUUAGCCCCCAAAUAUUAAAGCUAACAAUAGCUUAAUCAGGAGGUUCAACAAUUUAGUAUUAAAGUAUGUUGUGGAUAUUUUUAAACUUAAGAAGUAUUGUUACUAUUAUUGAACUCUGUAUACAAAACAAAAGAAAGGAUGUUGCUUGGCUUUUUGCACUUAAUUUCUUUUUUAGCAGGCAUUCUUUGACGUUAGAAUAGCUUUUGAGACAUGUUCAUGGUUUCUAAUGGUAAUUUAAAUGUCCUCUGUUAAUCUAGAAAGCAAAAACCUAAGAGUUAAGUUACUGAAUUUCAAAUGGAGACCUAAUCAGUGUUUCCGAUUUUUCAGGAAGUUAAACAAAACUGAACAUACAUUUGCUUAGACUUAAUAUGCAAAGCAGUUGGCUUUCAUGAUUGGACAGUUCAGCAGAACUGGAAGGCCCUAGUUUCCUGGGAAACACAGGAAAAUUGAAUUUAUGUAUGUGAUUUUUACGUAAAUAUCACCUUGGGCAGGUGAUAUCUUUCUAUCCAAUUUUCUUUUAAGAUAAUACAACCCUGAGGAGUGUUGAUCUGUAUGUUGUGUGAUUCAAACUGAAUCAGCUGUUACUGAUGCCAGUGCGGAAUCAUCAGUAAACUUCUGGCUACUAUCACCUUCUGCAAAAAAGCAUGAAUAACAUUCAAGAAACACCUUGGAAGGAUUGACCCGGAAACACAGAACUGAAUGUUCUUUUAGGACCUUAAUGCUCUAAAAGAUGUUAUUACAACUUAUUUAUUUUUCUUUAUAUGAUAUCAUAAGUGAAAUUUGAGGCUGUUAAUAUGUUGGAACAUACAUAGAUUACAUGUUUUUACAAUAGGGAUGCAGGCAUUCCAAAAUAAAUAAAAGUACAUGCAUCUCUCUUGCCUCUUACUGAAAGUAUUAAUCUAAUUUUAUAAUAAUGCUUACUUUUUAAUAUUAAGGCUCUGUAAAAAACAUAUUUAUUUCUAAGAUUUCAGUAGAGCACAGGUGGUAUAUUUUUUAAAGCCUUUCCAUUUCUUUUCACCAACCUCACCCAUUGUGUCCACUACACCACACACGCAUCGCAGUUAAUAGCUAUGUUUCUAUUUUAUUGAGUUGAUUUAAACUUCAUAUUUCUUCAAUGUGACUUUUAAUAAAGAAAAAUGGGAGGCAUUUGUUAUUGGCAUUAAAGUCAUACAGCUCUCAUUUCAGCUUUAAAUUUCAUCUUUUUUUUUUUCUUUGCAAAGCAAAUAAUGCAGAUUGUUGACAUCCUAGAAAUGAUUCAUGGGUGGUAUUAUAUGGAGCCUGGAACUCUGAAAUGUAGACUAGUUGUUUGUUUUCUGCAGAGUCUGUAUUCUUAUCCUCACCUGAACCCCUGACUUUUGUGUUGUAUUUUUUUAUGAUUCUGAAAUGCUUUGAGGGAAAGAUAUUUUAAUGUGUACAAUUUAUUUUAUUUUCAUACUGAUCUCUAUUUUUGUUUAAAACCAUGUUGCAUCAUGAAAUCACCUAAUCCAAAAUAAAUCUUCUUUAAAAAAA